AUCUCCUAAACAUGUGGAGAUAUCUUUAAACAAUACACACAUACAUAAUAAUAAAAUAGAUAUUAAAAUAUACGGUUGCUAAUCAUCUACUCAUGGGGGGAAGAUUAGAUCAUGAUCGAUACAGAGACUGGAGGCUUGAUGUCGAUAAUAUGUCUUAUGAGCAACUUCUGGAACUUGGUGAGAAAAUUGGGAACGUGAGUACUGGUUUACGAGAAGAUCAGAUACGUCGUUGUGUCAAGAAAACCAAGUUACCAAUGAAAGAGAUGAUCCAAUGGAAAUGCACCAUUUGCCAGGAGGAACAUGAAGAAAAGGAUGAGAUUGGUAAACUGAAGUGUGGGCAUUUGUAUCACAUGUAUUGUAUAAAGCAGUGGCUGGGGCAGAAGAAAACAUGUCCCAUCUGCAAAACAGCGGUUGAGUCUCAGCAGUAGGCUGGCGGUAUCCACAAUAGCUGAAUCUAUCUGUGCAUAAAACUUUUUUUUUUUUUUUAAAAGAGAGAAUUGUUCUUGGGUUCUACAUUUCUCUUCCAUUGUGCUUGCUUAACAUGAUUUUACCGGGCAUUUGUUGGAUUUAACGGCUGUUAUUACAAGUGAUUUGCUGCUACUACCA